CGGGGCCUGGGGGUGACAUUGCGCUGUGCCCCUACUGGGGUAGAAAUCGACACCCCCCCGUACACACUGGCUAGCUGCCCCCCAGCCCCUUCCCUCGGAGGUCCCUGUCCUCCCUUUUCUCCACUCCCCUCCGUCCCCCAGCCCACCCCCAGGGCCCAGCCAUGGGGGCCGCAGUGUUUUUCGGAUGUACUUUCGUGGCUUUCGGCCCGGCCUUCUCGCUCUUUCUGGUCACGGUGGCCGGGGACCCGCUCCGGGUCAUCAUCCUGGUGGCUGGGAAGGCAGAUGAGGGGUUAGCAUCGCUGAGUGAGGACGGAAGAUCUCCCAUCUCCAUCCGACAGAUGGCCUAUGUUUCUGGUCUGUCUUUCGGCAUCAUCAGUGGCGUCUUUUCUGUUAUCAACAUCUUAGCGGAUGCACUUGGUCCAGGUGUGGUUGGUAUUCAUGGAGAUUCCCCCUAUUACUUCUUGACCUCAGCAUUUCUGACAGCAGCCAUCAUUUUGCUUCAUACCUUUUGGGGUAUUGUGUUUUUUGAUGCCUGUGAGAGGAGACGAUAUUGGGCCUUGGGCUUGGUGGUUGGUAGUCACCUACUGACAUCAGGACUGACAUUCCUGAAUCCCCGGUAUGAAGCCAGCCUGUUGCCUAUCUAUGCAGUUACUCUAUCCAUGGGGAUCUGGGCAUUUAUCACAGCCGGAGGCUCCUUCCGAAGUAUCCAGCGCAGCCUCUCGUGUAAGGACUGACCACUUGGAUUCAUCGCCUGCUUGACUACCACCUGCCUGCCCACUCUCUGAGACUGAGCCCUGCCCCGCUCCCACCUUAGUGUCCCAGCUACUCUUCUCUGUGUAAUUCCUUUCCAUCUCUUUCCCCUUUCCUAUCCUCAGGGGCUUCACUUUGUCCACUUUGACAUUUGCUCUCUAGGCCACAGCGGGAGCUGCCAGGGGACAGCCAGUCAAAUGGUUGGAGGGUUUGAAACUCCAUUUGUCCCCACCCUUUGGGGACCCCGGUUGCCCUGGGUCCUUCCACUUCCCCAUCCUGUCCAAGACUCACGUCCCUUCCCCUCUGCAGGCCGACGGCGGGAGGACAGUCGGGUGAUGGUGUAUUCUGCCCUGCGCAUUCCACCCGAGGACUGAGGGGACUCAGGGAAAACCCUGAGGGCCAGGGGCACCCUCUUUGUCUCCUGUCUUUCUCUCCAUCUCCAACUAUGGACAGCUGCUAAGGGAGGUGGCUUAGCUUAGUCAUUACCCAGGAGAUAAAAUUGGGGUUCCUGAGGGUAGAGAGGUUACUGGGGUUUGCAGGGAUCUGAGAAGUUCCCUGAUGUAUCCUUUCUGCCCUCCCACCCCCAACCCCAAUUGGAUAUCUCUUUUUCUCAGGUCUGAGGGAAAUCAUUUUUGGUUUGACAAAGACUCCAAACUGCCUUUUGGGGGGAGGAGAGUUUGGAGAUGCUUCCUCCAAAACUUUUUUAGCCUCUUUUCCCAGUUCUGCUCCCUCUGUCCACCAUCUUUUCCCCAUUCUCCCAUUGGCCAGAGACUCUAGGGGACAGAAUGAGGAGUGUGUUAGGGGGACAGUCAUCUCUGCUCCUCACUUCUCUCUCUCUCUCUCUGUUCCCAGCAACUGGGAUGACUGGAACUUAAUAAUUUUUAUCCUGUACUGAGAGAGCUGAGGUGACCUAGAUUAUUAUAGGGCCACAGGAUUAUGGCCUGUAAGGACUUGUAGGACAGCAGGAAUUUUUUUUCUAGUUUUUAAUGGGGAGGGAGGGAUGGGGAGGGAGAAAAGAGGGAAUGACUUUUCUAUAAAAUGUAUUAUUUUCUGCUGAGGAUGGAGUAUCCCAUCCUUUUAAUCAAAGUAAGUGUGAUUUUUGACUAAUAAAAGGAUUUUGUAACAAUGUAUGGGAACUUGGCUUCUGGGAAUUACACAGGGUUUUUUACCUCUGUAUAGGGGUUCCUCAAACCCAGGAGUACUUAACCUUUUUUAUACCAUGGACCUCUUUGGCAGUCUGGUGAAGCCUAUAGAUCCCAUCUUAGAAUAAUGUCUUUAAAUACCU